GUUGUCCGAACUCAUUAAACAGUCGCCGCAUAUAUGCAACGCGUACGAUUAGUCUGCCCGCAGUUUGACGUUCACUGUUCUAAGUGUUGACGGUGGAAAUUUUCGUUCGUUCUCAGACAUCGUUUACGGAUGUGAACUAUUGUCGUAGUUUGUUAGAUUUAUGAAACGCAUCGUAUUGUUUUUUCAUUGAAUAUUAGUCAAGUAUAUACAUUUCGAAGACACUUGUGAAACAUUUUUUUUUUUUAAUUUGCAGCCGUAAUGACGAUUCCGGUCGUUUGGGUGGCGUUGUUGGCCGCUGUCGCGCUGACGGCUGGUCAGAGGGAUCGAGGCGAUAACAAGUACAUAGAUCCUAACGAUUUCUUUUUGGCUGAUGAUCCGCGAAAUAGACAGGUACACGAGGCUUUCAACAGGUACGCUAUUUUGCAGCAAGAGCAACAGCAGAGGGGUAGGUCGGGAAUCGAUAGUUUCUUGACGCAGCAACAGCAACAGCAAUUGCAACUGCAACAGCAGCGCCAAGCCAUCCAGGGCACGACUCGGGGCGGUCGGAAAUUUAGUACUGAAACUCCCGAACAGAGCUUUGAUACGACACCCGGCGGUAGGUUUUCGUCCAGGUUAGAUUCGUCACCGAAUCCUCUUCAGCAAGGACCUCUGAUGUUAUCCAACAGUAACUUGAGGCAGCUUUUACAACAACUCGACAUUGCUGGCUCACAACAGUGCAAUUUAAAUGUUCAGGCUCAGUGGGAUUUCGAAACCAACGUAAAUGAAGCUACACAAAUCAGAGCAUUGGAACAACAGCUGUUGUAUUCAGAAUUUCAAAGAAAAGUACAUUCGAUCAUGAAUAGAUUGACUACGGACAACAUUAUUGAUCCUAACCUGAGACGGCAGUUGAAGUAUUUGUCCAUGCCUGGACCAUCCGCUUUGUCACCUGAACAAUUGAGUCGGUAUAACCGUCUCAUAAACGACAUGUUAGCUGUUUACAACAGCGCCUCCGUUUGCGCAUACGAUGAGCCGCUCCGGUGUGGACUUAGAUUAGAUCCAGAUUUGAACUUAAUAAUGUCCCGAAGCCGAGACUGGAAUGAGUUACAGCACACGUGGAUUGAGUGGAGGAGAAGAACUGGGCAAAAAAUUAGAGAUAUGUUUGAACAGUUAGUAGAUGUUUCUAACCAGGCUGCAUCGGUAAACAAUGUAUCAGACGCUGCUGAAAUGUGGAAGUUUCCAUAUGAAUCAGCAUCUCUCAGAUUUGAAUUAGAAGAUGCUUGGGAACAAAUCAAGCCUCUGUAUGAACAACUUCAUGCGUACGUUAGGAAGAAGUUGCGUGAUCUCUAUGGACCAGAAAGAAUAAGUCGUGAAGCUCCUUUACCUGCACACGUCUUAGGAAACAUGUGGGGACAAUCUUGGGAAAAUAUUUUGGACCUUACUAUACCUUAUCCUGGUAAAAAUUAUUUAGAUGUUACACCACAGAUGAUCAAACAGGGCUAUACGCCAGCAGCCAUGUUCAGGGUAGCUGAAGAAUUCUUUAUUUCUUUGAACAUGUCUGCAAUGCCUCAAUCAUUUUGGGGUAAUUCAGUUUUUGAAGAGCUUCCAGGUCAACCAAUUAUUUGUCAACCUUCUGCGUGGGAUUUUUGUAACAGACAAGACUAUAGAAUAAAAAUGUGUACUCAAGUAAAUAUGAAAGAUUUUAUAACUGUUCACCACGAGAUGGCUCACGUUCAAUAUUUUUUGAAUUACAAACAUCAACCAAAAGUUUAUCGCGAUGGAGCUAAUCCAGGUUUUCACGAAGCUAUUAGUGAGGCCAUAUCUUUGUCAGUUUCAACGCCAAAACAUUUACAGACUUUGGGUUUAAUAUUAAAUUCAGUUGAUGACAUUCCACAUAACAUUAACUAUUUAUUUGGACUUGCAAUGGAUAAGUUGACAUUUUUGCCAUUUAGCUUGGCAUUAGACUUAUGGAGGUGGGAUAUUUUCAGAGGAGCAACUCAUAAGGAAAGAUAUAACUGCCAUUGGUGGGAUUUACGUGAACGUUUAAGUGGAGUGAAACCACCAGUGCUAAGAUCUGAAACGGAUUUUGAUCCAGGAUCCAAAUACCAUGUGCCCGCUAAUAUUCCGUACAUUGGGUAUUAUUUUGGCACAAUACUUCAAUUCCAAAUUCACAGAGCUAUGUGUUUAGCUUCCGGUCAGUACAGACCAAACGAUCCCAACAAACUACUUCAUAAGUGUGAUGUCUACAGAAGCAAAGAAGCCGGUGACAUCUUAAAAAAACUUAUGGAACCGGGUUCGUCGGAAAAUUGGAGAGACACAUUAUCAUUAGCCAUAGGUGAAAAUCGGCUAGACGGAUCUGCUUUAAGAGAAUUCUUUCAACCUCUUGAAGAAUGGUUGCGAAAUGAAAAUCUUAGAACUGAACAAUUUAUUGGAUGGACAUACGAUGGAGAUUACUGUAAGCAUAGCAUCGAAACAGCCAAUUUACAAGUAUACGGAGGAUUUUACAAUGGAGCUACUUCUUUAACAACGUCCACCGUAAUGCUCUUUUCAUCAUUAUCUGUUUUGUUUUUGAUGAAAAAUAUUUGAGAGGCAAUUUUUUCCUGUUAGGCAGUUUUUUUACGAUUGUAGAAUAUUUAUACAAUGUGCUUAAUUAAUUUAUUAGCUAUUAUAACAUAUAUAUAUAUAUAUAUAUAAAUCUAUAGUCAGAAAAACUAUUUCGCUUAAACAGAAAACCGCAGAAUCUGUAAAUCCGUACUUCCAUCACAAUAUAACCCAAAUUUGUCGGUCAACUCAAUGCAUUGAUAAUCUGUUAAUUAAAUCAGUAGACAUAUUUUAUGUGUAAAUAACUUUAUUACACUUCUAAUACUUUUACACUAUUUUAGACUUAAGAAUAAUUUUUAGGCGGUAAGACUGGAUUUAAGUUAAAAAUGAAAAAACUUCAAUUAAAUCUC